CAUUUCCAUAUAAGGUAUGAGACUGACAGUUGUCCGACCCCGCCCCAUUCUGUUUGCUGCAGCGAGGUGUACUUGGCAACCGCCGUACCUCCUGUUGUCAUGGCAACGCAACUGCUGAGAGCGAAAACUUCUUCCUGACAGUUUAACCGAGCCCGAACUGCCCGGUUUGUCCCAGUUCAACCCGGUUUGUCCCAGUUUAUCCGUUUGGUUUCAGCCCGUUCAGAUGAAGAAGCGGCCCCGGUUCUUCACCCCCGCGGAGGUGGCCUCUCACUUCACGGCGGGCGACCUGUGGGUGUCCUUCCUGGGCAAAGUGUGCGACCUGACCCCGCUGAUGAAGCAGCACUCAGGUGACGUGCUGCUGCUGCCCAUCAUGGAGUGUGCUGGGAAGGACAUCAGCAGCUGGUUCGACCCAAAAACCAGAGACAUCCUGAGGUUUGUGGACCCUGUGACGUGCUGCGAGCGGUACUACACCCCCAGGGGGCGCUUCGUGCACACGCCGCCCAGCGGGCCGAGCUCCGACUGGGACACGGACCUGGGCCAGCCCUGGUGGAAGGAACGCCGCUACGAGGUGGGGCUGCUGUCGGCCAAGACGCGCUGGAUCCGCGUGGUCAACACGCUGACGUCACAGGAGCAGCUGCUGGAGGUGUGCUCGGAGGAGACCCUGGAGGAGAUCCUGCAGCGCUACCUGCGCCACAACGCCCACGCCAACAGCUACACCUGGAAGUACCACGGAGUCGUCCUGGACAUGCAGAAGACGCUGAGCAAUAACGGCGUCACGGAUGACGACCAGGAGCUGGAGCAGCUCAGGAUGGACCGCGACCUCUUCGUCCCCGCUAUCCUGCUCUACUUCAACGACGACCUCACCGAGGGAUGACCUCAUCGCUGUGACAUCACAUUAAACUUCCUGCUGCUGCACCUGGCAGGUCCUGUCAUCUCAACCUCCAGGCCUUCCAGGGCCGGCCCCAGGCUCUCUGGGGCCCAGGCAGAUUUUAAUCUGGCCCCAGACCAGCAUGUUCACACCAGAUGCUCCAUCACUCCUCACACCAUGCAGCUAACCUGCUACUGUUAGCAUCAUCCAUGAUUAGCUGACAUCAUAACGGUGUUGGUGUUAGCAUAAUGCACUGCAAAAACACUCAAUAAAAAGCUUUUUAGUUUGA